AUGGUUGCCUUCACCUCCGUCCUCCUCGGCCUCUCCGCCAUUGGCUCUGCCUUCGCCGCCCCCGUUGCCGAUGUCCCUGACUUCGAGUUCUCCGGCCCCAAGCACUUGGCUGCCCGCCAGGACUACAACCAGAACUACAAGACUGGUGGUAACAUCCAGUACAACCCCACCAGCAACGGUUACUCCGUCACCUUCUCUGGCGCCCAGGACUUCGUCCUUGGCAAGGGCUGGAGGCAAGGUACUACCAGGACCGUCAAGUACACUGGUUCCACCCAGGCCCAGGCCGGUACUGUCCUCGUCGCUCUCUACGGCUGGACCAAGGGCAGCAAGCUCGUCGAGUACUACAUCCAGGACUUCACCUCUGGCGGCUCUGGCUCCGCCCAGGGCCAGAAGAUGGGCCAAGUCACCUGCGACGGCUCCGUCUACGACAUCUGGCAGCACACCCAGGUGAACCAGCCUUCCAUCGUCGGCACGACCACCUUCGUCCAGUACAUCAGCAACCGCGUCAGCAAGCGCUCCACCGGCGGUACCAUCACCACCAAGUGCCACUUCGACGCCUGGGCCAAGCUCGGCAUGAACCUUGGUAACCAGUGGGACUACCAGACCAUCUCCACUGAGGGCUGGGGCAACGCUGCUGGAAAGUCCCAGUACACUGUCUCCGCUGCUUAA